AUGAAGCACGGGGCGUGUGUGAUAGCGGCGCUCGUAGGCGUCGUGUGCGCUGCCACGCCUGCACCCACACGCACGCUGGCGGUGCGUGGCGAUGAAGAUAAGCUGCCGGCGGGCGGUCUGACGAUCACCGAGCCGGCACAAACAGCGCAGGCGUCCUACUACAAGAUUGCGCCUCACGAGACCAUCACGUUCGGAUGGAAUUUCACAUCCCUCAAGGCUACACCGACGCGUCUGUACGUGGUCGCUUCCUGCUCGAAGAACGGCAACACGUACCCGAUUGCGCCCUCACCCCAAGGCAUCCCCGGCGAUGCCACCUCGGUCACAUGGUAUCCGUACGGCUACCAUAUCGAUGCGCAGAAGAAUGGCGACCCUGACUUGGUGGUGGACAAGUAUCGACUGAUGAUCUACGACGAAAAAGGACCGGGCGGUCUCGCCAAAGGCGGCGAGUUCCAGCCCAACAACAUGGCUGAGUUUUCCAUGUACUUUCCCAUGAAAUAUACCCCCCUCUCAGAAUGGACAUGCCAUGCGUGCAAUGGCGCGUCGCGACCCUCUGCGCCCGCAGCGCCCGCCAUGCUGGGCGCCCUGUCGGCGCUGGCGUGCAUGGCCGCCGCCGGCUUCGCUUGUUUAUAG